AUGGACAAUUUUCUGCAGUCUGGAAAUUUUCCCAGCAAAUCUGAAUGGAAGAAAACAGUAAUUGAGAAUAUUAAUCAUACGGAGAUUGAGUUUUGGAAGAUCAAAACGCAACGUUAUAAACAAUUAGGAUUAUACAGCCAAGUCGUAAAAGAACCAAUGCGUAACAUGUGGCUGCAGUUUGCUCUCGAAAACAGCGAGAUGGCCAACCAAGUGGCAAUUAUUGUUAAAAUUCUUUGUGGGUCAUUCUAUGUGAAUGGU